CUCUUUUAAUGGACGAGAAGGGCGAAGGCAAUCAGUUUGUCCGCAGUGGGCGCCCGUACGCAGAAGGGCGGGGCGACGUGAGGCAGUCGGGAGCGAAGGCGAGACUGGCGUUGCUAAGCGGGAGGAGGCAGGCGAGGCCAUGUUCCGUAUCGAGGGCCUGGGGCCCAAGCUGGACCCGGAGGAAAUGAAGCGGAAGAUGCGCGAGGACGUCCUCUCCUCGGUCCGCACGUUCCUGCUCUACGUGGCCCUGCUGCGCAUCAUCUGUGCCCCUACUCAGAAGAUUUCACCUCUGGGUUGCUGUGAGUUUUCCGGGCUGUGUAGCCAUGUUCCAGAAGCAUUCUCUCCUGACGUUUCGCCCACAUCUUUGCCAGGCAACCUCAGAGAUUGUGAGCUCCAUACAUUUUAAAGAAGCUGGACAGCAUAUGAAAACACAGGAGAUUAAAGGAUGUCCUGCGUCGACAACCAGGUGGACUGUGGCUGUUGUGCUACUGAACAGGCUGCAAAGAAGAGGCUCCAUAUCCUGACAAACCAUUUUGUACGUUUCUCAUAAAGAUGCCUGGAAAGCUAUAGAAGCGGAAGAAAGAAAACCAAUAACAACUUGUCACUGUUUUUUCCAUGUGUCAGAAUACUGUUUCUUUCCAUUGGUUCAAAUGUGAUCUUGUUCAGAGAGCCCUGAUUUGGGGAACCGGUAAACAAAGUGGGAUGGAACUCUUUCUUUGACGUUUUGGAAUGGCAUUGUUGUCAUUGUACUGCUUCUGUAUGAAGGUUGUCAUCAUUUGAAGCCUCGGGAUAAAUCCUGAAUGUUUGAAAUAAAGUGGAGCAUAUAUUCA